AUGGGAGACGAUGCGAUAAUUCCUGCAGCAACGACAAGCAAAACAAAAGAAAGUGUACCUUCUACCGUGACCUGUCCCAUGCUUAAUGCCACGAAUUAUACAGUCUGGUCGAUGCGAAUGAGAGUCGCACUCAGAGUGCAUAAAGCAUGGGAGGUUAUCGAACCAGGAACGAAGGAUGGAGACAAAGACGACUUAGCAAAAGCUUUGUUGUUCCAGUCUAUUCCCGAUGCACUAACCCUGCAAAUAGGACAUCUUGAAACCGCAAAAGAAGUAUGGGACGCUAUAAAAACUAGACAUCUAGGAGCUGAGCGAGUGAAAGAGGCAAGGUUACAGACCUUAAAGGCAGAAUUUGACAGGAUUAAGAUGAAAGAGACAGAUACUAUCGAUGAUCUUGUUGGAAAGUUAUCAGAACUUUCAAAAAAAUCAGCUGCUCUAGGAGAGAAUAUAGACGAGCCUAAACUGGUCAAGAAGUUCCUGUCAAGUUUACCAAGAAGUAGAUACAUUCAUAUCAUCGCAGCACUAGAACAAGUUCUAGAUCUCAAGACUACAACCUUUGAAGAUAUAGUAGGGCGCUUGAAAGCAUAUGAAGAGAGAAUUUGUGGUGAGGAAGAGCAGACCGAGCAGGGGAAGCUCAUGUAUGCCAAUACAGAUACACAAAGUUCUCAAGGAAAUCAAGGAUACGGUAGAGGAAGAGGUCAAGGUGGACGCUCUUACGGACGCGGAAGAGGCCGUGGCCGAAACGGGAACUACAACAACCAACAGAGGGACAUAUCCAAAGUCGUAUGCUAUAGAUGUGACAAGACUGGUCACUAUGCAUCUGUUUGUCCUGAUAGAUUACUGAAGUUACAAGAAACUCAUGAGGAAGAGAGCGAUGACACACAUGAGGCUUAA